CAUGCCUCAAUGAUCUUCGAAAAUUGCUUCCAGCUACUGGCUAACAAGUUUCUUACCCCCACAUCCCCUGUAAUGACUCAUGUCACCUGAAUUAUCCCUUGCUGUAGAAAUGGGGAGGGGGGCAAAGUUGUCGAACCACUUUUGACGGACCCCAUGAUUUCGCGCCAUGCAAAUCUUUCCCAGGUGAAAACAUUCAGAAAUUCUUUUAAUCAGGUCAGACCUUGGGUGUUAUUUCAUACCAUGAUGACGGUGUACAAUCUCGGACACUGUCCGGUGACAUUUUGUUGGUAACCAUCGUGGCGGAACCCAGCAGGAAUGGUGGAGACUUCGUGCGGAAUGUAGCCCGGAACAUCACCAAAGCGAUUGUCGGGAACACCCAGGAAGAACGUAGAGGAGGUGAUCUGGCGACGGCCAGCGCCGCUCAAACCCUACUGCACCGUGUGGAGGUUCAAACCCGUAUCCUGAGAGCAACCGUGGGACAACAUCUACCGAGAAAGAUUGGACAUGAGAGAUAGGGAAUGGAGUGAUUCAUCAUAAAAGAAGGGCACUGACAGCAGGUCGAAUUUCUUGAUUUUAUAUCGUCGUUUGAUGGAGGUACACCGUGCGUUGUGUGUCAAGAAAAUUAGACAAAACGCUGGCACUGCUGGGUGGAAGUAGACUGCAUCCCAGUUGAAACAAAUUGGCAGCUGUAACAGCACACAUACAUAAUGGCCCCAAAUCGUAUUAGUUUGGACCCAAAGGACAACGAGAAAGAUUCCUCGUUCCUUCCUGCGUCAUGGACGAACAAACUGUGGUCAAGCAGUGAAACUGAUGGCUCAACAAAUUUCUGCCCCUGUCCGAAAGUAAAAGUCCUGUGGGAUCGACUUGGUGAGGCGGCAACAUGUAAAAGCGGGUUCAUGCCGAAGAGAUAUAUUGUGGCAGUGUUGGCGUGCAUCGGCUUCAUGAUCCAAUAUGGUAUCCGCACGAACCUGGGGAUCGCCGUGGUGGAUAUGGUCAACAACCACACGCUGGGCGACUUAGAAGUGCCAGCACCAUUUCACUGGUCACAGCUGACAGUCGGUAUCAUCCACGGAUCAUUUUUCUGGGGAUUCCUACUGACAAAAGUACUGGGAGGAUACCUGGCGGUUCGCUUUCCUGCUAAUAGAGUGUUCGGGGCAUCAGUGCUGUGCUCAGCCUGCCUGCACAUGGUGGUUCCUGUGGCGGCUGACUUACACUACGGUGUCCUCAUCUUUGUUAGAAUCCUACAGGGUCUGUCUGAAGGCAUGACGUUCCCAUCGUCAUAUGGCGUUCUGAGUAAGUGGGCGCCGCCUCUUGAAAGAAGCAGACUUACGUCCAUCAUGGUCACAGGCCAAUAUGCAGGGAUCCUGUUCGGUAUGCCCCUGUCGGGAGUGGUGACUGAGUACGCCGGCUGGCCGUAUGCGUUCUACAUGUACGGAGCGUUUGGCAUCACAUGGUCCGUGAUCUGGGCCCUGUGCGUGUGGGAGUCGCCCUCCAAAGACCCCACCGUCAGCGAAGAGGAGUGCCUCUUCAUCGAGAAGAGCCUGGGAGAGUUUUAUCAGAGUAGCAAUCAACAGUCAACUGCCCAGGAGACGCCGUGGAGGGACAUUUUGACGUCACCUCCCGUGUACGCCAUCUUGAUUACGGACACCGCCUUCAAGUGGACCCUGUAUCUCCUACUCACCAACUCACCCUCGUACUACAUGCAGGCAUUCGACAUGCAGGUGGAGGCUUCCGGUUUGAUCACAGGCAUGCCGUUCCUGUUCCUGGCCCUGUGCCUGCCCAUCGCCGGCAGCGUUGGAGACUGGAUGCGCACGAAGGAAGUCAUGUCAACCACGAAUGUCCGACGACUCUUCAAUACCGUGGGUCUGUCCCUGCAGGCGUUGUGUUUCCUCAUCAUCGGCUGUACCAACAGUUCCGUGGCCUCCAUGACUCUUCUGUCCAUCGGCAUGGCUUCUGCUGGUCUCACCUUGUCUUCAGGGUACAACGUGAACGCCCUGGACAUCUCUCCCCGGUACGCCAGCAUCAUCAUGGGCCUGUCCGGCGCCAUCGCCACCCUGUCAGGCAUCCUCUGCCCGAUAGUCGUGGGGACUAUCACAGUAGACAAGACUGCCAAACAGUGGGGCUAUGUGUUCAUCAUCUCUGCGGUCAUACUGAUCAUCAGCGUCGUGUUCUACUUCUUCCUCGCCUCUGGAGAAACCCAGCCGUGGUCCAAUCCCAAGCCGCGCAGCGACGGCGCCGACGACGACGACGAGGAGGACGUCUUCGUGAAGAAGUCGAAACUUCCCGAAUGGGCAAAGAAGCCGAAAAUGCCCGACUGGUUCCGAACGGCGGGUGACGGCAAGCCGAGUUCUCCCGAGCCUCAGGACGAAGCCGCAGGGAAGGAUGCGGGUAGAAAAGCGACGGACAAACUCAUGGCACGGUCUGUCGUUGACGAUGGUUCUCCGAUAGACUGGGUGGAUGAAUCGGUGAAUUUUGUACAAAUAGACCCCGAGAAUCCUUAUAUGUACAAUACAGAAAGGGACUUUUAAGUGUUGAACCAGUAGCAUAUUUAUAAUAAAGUUCGUACAUUUUUGUUUUACAUUUAGAAUUAGGAAACAUUAUUGUACAUGAACCAUAGAGCUAUGAUAAAGAUAAAAACUUCCUUGUAGCUAGGGAAAUGUUCUUGUAGAUGUUAAGUGGGUAUAAUCGUAGAGCAGUUAAAAGAUUUAAGAAAAUAUCAUUCUUAGACGCACCUGUAGCCAAAAGCAGUAGACUAAUUCACUCAUUGAGGUCACUCAUUGAAACUAUUUUUGCAGUGCCAUGGAAUACACACUAAACUAGGAAGUCAUCACAUGGUUAUCCGUGAUGAUGUCUGCAAGAUGGAUUGAAAUUAUGAUGUAUCCGAUAGUUACAAUAUAUGGAAGAGUUUGAGAAGCACUCAAGAGUGUAGGGUUCCAGAAACCGAACAAUGACGGAGUAUUCCCAUUAACAACGGUGACUAAAGGCAAACUACUCUUUUGUAGAUGUUGUGUGAAGUGGUUGUAAGUAAAGUGCCAUAUCAUGUUUUCAGUCUACUAAAUAUGUAUAACGUUGAAAGGUUAUGUUGACUUUGUUGACUUUUCUAUACUAUGUGUGCUUUAAAAGUUGACUCAUUGACGGCGUUGACAGCAUGUACAGCAUGAGGUAAAAUAUUGCAUCAACCUUUCCGACGUUUCGAUGUGCUGGCUAUCUUCGUCUUUCUUACAUCGUGCUUAUUGUUCGUGUUUGUUAGUAGCAAAUAUCCAUAGAGUCUGUAGGCAUGUAUCUUUAGGUACUGUUUUUUGAUCGCCGGUCUCAAAGUUAUGUACUUAAAAUUGUAUGAACCACAAUCUUGAAUACAUUGUAUUAAGCUAUAUACAGAAAUUCCUCAUGCUUUUUUAGGGAAACAUCUGACGGCAAAAUACUGUAACAUUAGAUAAGAUAUAUAACUAGUCCAUUGUACAUAGAUUAAAAAAGACAAAUUACA